UCGGGCACCGCCUCUCGCCGUCGCAGCUGGGGUGGGAAAAACAAACACAGAACUCGGCGGUGCGUCAGAUCCAUUUAACAAAAUCAUGUUGUCUGAAAAUCAACUGCAAGUGGAUUUGUUUUCAUGGAAUGAGUAGUAUCAUUAUUUUAACUCUAAAUGGGUCUAGUUUUGUAUCAUCCAUAUUUACAUAGAAGAAGGGUAAAAUAUAAGUUGUUAUGGUUCCAUUCGUCAUAUAAAGAACACAUUAUUUGAUGCAAUAGCUGUUUGUGACACCUGGAAAACGUAGCAUACUGGCUAUUGGGAAGAUAAUUUAAGAAAGAACAAGGAUUACAAAAGAAAAGUGACUGUGGCUGUAUAGAAGUCUGGCAUAUGAAGAUGGAGCUUGACAUUACCAAAGAUGAUUUGCCCUUAAUGGCGAAUACUAGCCACAUGCUGGUAAGGCAUUAUGUGUUGGAUCUGGAUGUGGACUUAAAAAGCCAUGUAAUUGGUGGCACUAUAGUUCUGUUCUUUGACACUGACAGCAGAUGCAGAAAAAGGGACAGUGAACAGGUGGAAGAAGCUUGUCAUUCUCAGUCAGAUGGAACCUGCUAUAUUCAGGCACCUGAAGCCUGCUACGUUCCUGUGCCAAAUGCAAGUGCUUGCUCAACUAAAAGUGGAUGUAAUGAUUUUGCUGUCUGUAGUAAAGGUGAAAAUGAUACUUCUGAUAAAAACGGUAGUCAUGGCAACAAGGAACAGGCUUCUGGGAUUUCUAGUUCAAAGAACUGCUGUGACAUUGAGAUUCAUGGGAGUGAAGAUUUUUUGCUGGUCCUGGACUGCUGUGAUUUAUCUGUGUUAAAGGUCGAAGAGGUAGAUGUUGCUGUCGUUCCAGGCAUUGAGAAAUUUACCAGCUCUGCCAAGUUAAUGGAUGCUUCCAAGGAUCCAAGGGAUCUUAGAAAUCAGAUUGUGCAUGAACUUGUGACAUUACCUGCAGAUCGUUGGAAGGAGCAGCUUCAGUGUUACAGACUGUGCAGCCAGGCACCUGCUUGUGGAGAGCUUCUGUUUGUUACUGGCACUUGGAGCUUGGAGAUCAGGAAAGCAGGUGUCCAGCUGCCAAAAGACUUCCCUCAUGCCAUAAGGAUAUGUUACAAAACAAAGCCAGAAGGAAAAUCACUGAGCUGGACUACAGACCAAUGUGACAGGCCAUGUGUUUAUACAGCGGGGUCUCCAAUAAACAACAGGGCCCUUUUUCCAUGCCAAGAACCGCCUGUUGCCAUGUCAACAUGGCAAGCUGCAGUCCGAGCAGAUGCAUGCUUUGUUGUUUUAAUGAGUGGUGAAAAUGUAGCGGAACCAACAGAAUCUGAAGAAGGUGUAUUAAAUUGGUUUUAUUAUGUGACCAUGCCAAUGCCAGCAUCUACAUUCACUAUUGCUGCAGGAUGCUGGGCAGAAGUUAAAAGAAAAACUUGCGCAACUGAUGUUCAGAGGAAUGAUGGGCUCUUUCCACUGUUGUCAAAGGCGGAUGUCAGGUUGUUAGAACAAACUUGUGGUCAUUUGCCAUAUCCUUGCCGCUUCCAAGAUCCUGCUGCCACUUCUCAGGUGGUCAUUCCUCAUCGUGUCUUUGCUCCUCAGUGCCUUGAGAAAUCCUGCAAAGAGGUUCUACUGCAACUGAUUCCUCAGUGUCUCUCAGCUGCUUAUGGUCUCCUGGGUACCCAUCCCUUUUCUAGGCUUGAUGUCUUGAUUGUUCCACCCAACUUUUCCAGUCUUGGAAUGGCCAGCCCACACAUCAUCUUCAUGUCACAGAGCACAUUAUCUGGAGGGAGCCAUCUCUGUGGAACUCGCCUGUGCCAUGAAAUUGCUCAUGCCUGGUUUGGUUUGGCUAUUGGUGCACGUGACUGGACUGAAGAGUGGCUAAGUGAAGGAUUUGCCACUCACCUAGAAGAUGCAUUUUGGUCAGCCGCACAACAGCUGUCAGCUGAUGAAGCAAAAGAGCAGCAAGAUCUGAAAGCUGUACUGCGCUGGCAACGCCUUAGAGAUGAGGUGCAGAACUCUGAAGGAGAUCUGCAAGUGUUAAGGCCCAAGAAAGAGAACACUGGCAAAGCAAGUGAAUCUGGAGCAUCUGUAAUCAAACAUGGCCUGAAUGCAGAAAAAGUGUUCAUGCAGGUUCAUUACCUGAAGGGUUAUUUCCUUCUGCGGUCUUUUGCAGGGAAGGCUGGAGAAGCUGCAUAUUUUGCCUUUUUAAAGAAGUUUGUGUGGGCUUUUCAUGGACAGCUGAUACUCUCUCAGGAUUUUCUUCAUUUAUUACUGGAGGACAUCCCACAGCUAAAACGGUAUGGCCUGUCAGUUGAAAACAUUUUCCAGAAGUGGCUUGACUGCACAGGAAUCCCAAAGCCUUUGCUGGAAGAGAGUCAGGCUUGGCAGAAUUGUCGGCUAGCCCAGCAAGUGAACGAAGAGGUCGUAAAAUGGAUUCAAGUAAAUCAGAGAGCCAGAAAAAGCAGCAAAAGAAAAAGGGGAUGUGAAGAAGUUGGUUUCCAAAAGCUUUCCCCAGACCAGCUGGUCUUACUUCUGGAGUGCCUCUUGGAAAAGAAGACAUUAUGUUCAAGAACGCUGGAGUGCUUACAGAAAACUUACCACCUCCGUGAGCAGGAUGCAGAGGUUCGACAUAGAUGGUGUGAGCUUGUUAUCAAACAUAAAUACACAGCAGGGUAUGUUGAUGUUGAGAAAUUCCUCAAGGAAGACCAGCUGUUGUUUCCGAAGAUGUUUUGCCUGCCCCAUUCCUUCUUUCAGACUUUAGCAGUGGCCAGCCAAAGGCAAUGGGUGUCUACCUAUAUGGAGAGUUAAUGGUGAAUGAGGAUGCAAAACAGCAAGAAAUUGCACGUAAAAGUUUUGCUGCAACCCGUGACCAAAUGGAUGCGUCCUCUGCUACAGUAGUGGCAGAGAUGUUGUUUUGAUGAGGUGGUUUUUCUAUCCCAGAUAGUUCAUUUCUCAGGGGAAGAAAAUAGUUUAUGAAUGAGUAAGUUUAUUUAUCAAAACCAAAAAUCUCUUAAAAUCCUCAAAGUAAAGAAAGCUAUCCAGAGAGGGAGCUGUGUUAAACAGUAGGAUAAUAAUAGGGUAAAAUUAUAAAAGAUGACCAAGAAUGUUUCAAUGUAAGUUUCUGAAAGAAGCAACUUUCUCCAUAGUAUCUCCAUUUCUAUGAGCAAGCAAAUAUUUUGAAAUCUGGACUCUGGCUAAGAUUGUUAUAGUGUAUGUGAUCAAAACAUAGAUCUCUUCAGGAUGAAAAGAAUCCGCACAAAUUUUACAUAUGUUUGGAGCAUGUGAGAAUGGCAUUUUUUAAAGCUUACAUUCUUGCAUAGUUGCCGGUAUCUUUGAUGGAGCUCCCAGCAAAUAAAAAUUACCUAUGCUCCUAAAUACAAUGUAAUAUUUGGAUAGAAAUAUGGUAGAAAUCUGUGGUAGAAAUCUGUAACAUUUUUAUUGCAUAUAAUUAAUUGGUUUAACAUGAACUAUAACCUUUUUAAUGCCUCAUUUGAGGAAGGAUUGCCAUGGGAAGACAACAACUUAAUACCAAGUGGAACAUCAUUUUGCUGGCCAGUUUUUGGAGUACCAGGUGAGGGGUGGCCAUUUCUUAUACAUGGCUUUUGAAGCAGCCUUAAACCCAUUUGGAAAUCAUUGGCAUUCCCUCAGUUUUUAUGUGAUCAGCAUGUUGUGUAAUGCUAAAAAUAGAACUGGCCUUAGCCAUCCUAUGGUGGGCAUUUUGACAGCCUGCGAUGCAGUCAAACAGCCCUUAACAUUUACAUAACCCAGCCAGAUGGGCGGGGUAUAAAUAAUAAACAACAGGCAUAUAAAAAAUAAUAAAUUAUUAUUAUUAUUAAGGCAUUAAACAGCAACUAUUUCAAUACUGUUGUAAGUAGAUAAUUUACUCUGAAAUCUUUCCCCUUUUCUAUUUGGUUUAUGUUAUACGGAGUAAUUAAAGUUUAGUACAGGCAUCCCCAAACUGCGGCCCUCCAGAUGUUUUGGCCUACAACUCCCAUGAUCCCUAGCUAACAGGACCAGUGGUCGGGGAAGCUGGGAAUUGUAGUCCAAAACAUCUGGAGGGCCGAAGUUUGGGGAUGCCUGGUUUCGUAGAAGGAUCCUUUCGACGACCUAGGUUUUCAUUUAAUGAGGUUAACAAUUUAAAAGACACAAAUCAUUUGGAUUAUUCACAAAACUUUUACAUGAGAGGUUGUAUUAAAAGACCAACCAGUAACAAAAUUGUUCCACUAGAAUGAAUGCUUAGGAAAGGAUGCAUCAGGAUAUAAAAAGUGUUAGUUGUGUUUGUAUGUUUUUAUUUUUUGUAGAAACGGCUGCUCUGCUUAUGAAGUUGAAUAUGGAAAAUCUUGUCCUUCAUAUGUGGGGGGACAAAGAUAUACCAAAUAAACUAGUGGGCUUUGCUUGAAAACAUGUAUUCAAGCUUGGUUUCUGGUUAAUGUAGACUACAAGGAACUAGCAAAAUGUGGUUUAGUGAUCUGAUAACAUGUUCAGUUUCACCUUAAUUUUUUUAGAAGUCAGAAAUUCAAAUUUAAAAUGGGUUAUUCUUCUGCUGUGUGAGCAAUUCAUUCAAUCCACUACCCUAUAUAUAUUUUUUAUAAAAAAUAACAAUUUAUAUUAAUUAAGAACACUUAACACUUAACAGUAUACUCUUCAUACUGUUUUCUGAACUUUUUAUACAGUUUUAUGGAGCUGAUACAUAUGAUUUGUUUUGAGUAGCCAAAAUGGUGAGCCAAUGGUGAGCAUGUAAACGAAAUGAGUGAAAAUGUUAGCUUUUUCAAGUUAUCUUGAUGGAAAAGAGAAAAGCCACCCAUGUUUCCUUCGUUUUGGUUGUUUGGGUUCCUGGCAUGCUGAUUUGUGACUUAAGAUUAAAAUCACAUUGCCAGGGAUUACCACAUAAUCAUGACACUGGCAUCUGUAACUGCAUGUAGGUAUUGCAAUCUCAUAUCCAUACUGUUGGAACCUCUAAUCUACUUCUCCUAAAAAUGUACAGACAUGUCACUGAAGGACUUCAGCUGCUAUUGUAACUAUGUUCAGAUGAAGACCUCUCUAGCGAGGUGCAGAGCUUAGCUGAUUGGUGAACAGUGACUGAUUUCCUCUUUGUUCACAGUGGCUAAGUUCUGCACCUGAAGAGAAGGUGAGAUGGAAAACUCUCUUAAAAUGUUGACCGCUGCUGUAGUAGUAUCAUAGCACGUUUGCCUGGAAUCUAAUUUGCAGAUUGUAACAGGCGAAGAAGCUGUGGGAAAGAUGCAAACCCUGAAUGAAAAGAAUCCACGUGAGAAAACCUUUGCUUGGCUACAGUAUAGAUGUAAUCAAUAACUGUGAAAGAGCAUAAUGCUAAAAAGUAUUGUAUUUUAUAAAAGAAUGUGCCAUUCUUAAAGCAGCCCAAUGUGUGCAAAGUCCAGUGUGUAUUUUGUUGAUAUUAAAUGGCUGUUUCUUAUUGGAACUGUCCCCUUGCAGCAGAUACUGUUCCUGGCUGUCGAUGGACCCGUCCUCCGGUGCCUACUGAGCUGAUAUCAGUUCUGAUUUUAUAUACUGGCUCAGUUCAGCAGGAACAGGAGUCGAGCCCUAAAGCAAAAAAGAUUCUUUUCUAAAUGCACAGACGUCUAUGAAAACCUAGCUCUUACUUCAUGUCUGAAACCAAAGAUAGAACAGACCAGUACUUUGAUGUGGAUCACAAACAAAUCCUUACAUGGACUACAUGCCAUGCUCUUGCAAAAGGAGCUAGUAGCUUUGCCAGUGGGUGAAGUAUGUGUAGGCUGUGUCAAGUUAGGAUUACUCAUUCAAUGAGGAAACAUGCUGUAGUAUUCUGGGUACUUCAUUCUGACAUUCAACCUACUAGUUGCUAUUUUCUGAACAGGGGAAGAAUGUUGUGUUGUUGCUCUUCUUUGCAAUUAAAUAGAAUUCCAAGGAGGCUGUGCUGGUGGUUACAGAAUUCUCAUAAUACUGUGGUGUGACUUUUUAUACUAUGCUGUGGAAUACUGGACCUGAUGUCUUCUCAAGUUACAUUCAGCCUUAUGACAGAGCAUGUGACAUUCACAUGAAUAUCAAGUUCCAGUUUCUACUCCAUUACAUCUGUUGCGAUUCUCUCCCACUUCAUGCAUACAAUGAAAAUUAGAUUGAGAGAGAUGUCCCCUUUCAAGAAGGAUAGUAAAGAAAAGCCAUCCCCUACAUUACUGAACUUUUUUACAAGCAUUCCUUCACUGUGACAGAGUAAUAAGUUUUACCACUGUUUCCCUUGCAGGAAAGAUCACAGACUUUUAAUGUAUCUUCUACAAAGGCUGGUGGUACUAAGAUUUCAUUGACCUUGGACAUCAAAGGAACAAUUUAUGUGACUGCUAAAACAAUAAGCUGACAAACAUUUUACCCCUUACUUUUCUUUGCCAGAGGGUAAUGGCAAUGAAGCAGGAAAAAACUCCAAUAUCCCCUCACUUCUGUGUCUGUGGCGCCAACUUACUAUCUGCCAGAAGACACUUUAUUGUAAUAUUUAUCAUGAGGUAUUAUGCAAACCAGGCCAGAAAAUCACCAGAAGCAGAUUUAUUUAAAUAGGUAUUUUGUACUAAUUAAAAUGGUGCCUACUUUUGCAUUUCGCAAACUGAUAAUUAAAAUCUGCUGCAAAAUUUAAAGUCUGUUUGGAACAAAUAAGUAAUUACUACCGUAAUCUAAAUUGUUAAUACUGAGAUUGUGGACAUUUUUAUUAUGUUUAGCCCAGCUACAGGGAAAAAUAACUAGUGACAAACUAGUCACAUCACUUUGCUAUGAAUGAAGCUAAUCAUGCUACUUAUUAAUCACAGUAGUUGUAGAAGUCCUGUCCUGUAAAAUAAUGGCAAUAAGCUUUAUAAAUAAACAAUUUUGUAAAUCA